AUGGCGGAAAAUGGUGGCGUCAAGGCAGUUUUCGUGCCGCCAGACGGCGGUCCAAGGGGUUGGCUCAACGUCCUGGGCUCCUUUCUCCUCCAGUCAUCCUCGUACGGAUACGUAAGCGCUUGUGGUGUUUUUCAGCUAUACUACAAGACCGUUUUACUCCCCGGCUACCCGUCUCAGACUCUCGGCUGGAUCACGACGGUUGCCGUAUGCUUGAUAUUUGGGGCUUGCCUCCCUACGGGAUACAUCAUUGAUCGGUAUGGAAUAAGAUCCGUCACCGCACCAUCCGCUGGUUUGGGUCUCGCGUCGAUAGGCUUGCUCAGUCUAUGCACCAAGUACUGGCAGAUAUUGCUAUGCCAGGGCUUCGCCUUGGGUUUUGCUUGCUGCGGCAUGAUGCUUUCGGGUGUCGUCUGCGUUACCCAGUGGUUUUCGACGAGGAGGGGCCUGGCAGUUGGCGUAGCCAGUGCUGGUGGUGGUUUCGGUGGCGUCAUCUAUCCCAUCAUGGUGGCCCGUCUCAUUGACCAACAUGAUUUUCCUACAGCCGUCAAGUGGUCGGCACUACCAUUAGGUAUGGGGAUGCUGUUUGGAGUUCUCAUUUGCGAAAGCCCCUUCCCGUCUCGGAGGACAAAGGGGAGACAAGCGAAGCGAGAGGCCCCCGAGGAACCCUCAGCUGCUAUUGAGGUACCGCAAUCAGAGGAGUCUAAAGCUGAGUCUGGUGUCGCGUCCCAGGGUCCUUCAGCAGCGGGCUCAUUAGACUCGGGAGACUUGGAGAGGCAGGCCCAGAAAUCGGGCGUUCUCAGAUCACUGCGUUCAGGUGGUCUGGCUUGGCCCUGCUUUGCUGUAGGGGUUUUCUUCUGCAUGUUCAGUCUUCUCGCGCCCCUCAACUACUUGCCUGAGAUGGCACGAGAGACGGGAACAAGUCUGAGCCUUUCUCAAUACACGCUGAGCAUUAUAAAUGCUGGUCAAAUGUUUGGUCGCAUUCUGCCAGGCUGGCUAUCCGAUUAUGCCGGUCCACUUACUACAAUGACUUUAGUCAGCGGGAUGUCGGCAAUCGCUAUGCUGGUCAUCUGGCUUCCGCUUAAUUUCUACCCUAACUACGCUGGCAUUGUAUUCUUUGCCGCUUUCUAUGGACUCAGUUGUGGUGGCUGUAUGAGCCUCGCAUCCCCUUGUGUAGCUGCACUGGCCAAGGGUAAAGUUCACGACCUCGGAGUAAAGAUGGGCAUCGCAUGUUCUUUCAUGGCAAUAGGGUCACUAGUUGGCGUUCCGAUAAUCGGUCUCAUCAAAGAGAGUACCAAUAGUUUCGAUGGGCUCAUAGCCACAGCGGGCGUCACAAUGGUUAGUAUAUUCCUUACAGUUCUAGAAAUGGAUUGCCCCCUACUUAAUGCGUCCUACUUCAAUAUCCUGCGUGUCUGA